AUGGCGCCGACGAAGUUUGUUUGGAUGAUUUUUUGUAUUGCUUUGGUUGUGAGCUUUGAGUGUGUGGAAAGUAGGAAGAUAGAUGGGGGUGUAGAAGAAGAGAAGCCCACGUGGCCCUAUCUUGGUAAGCCCUGGUGGACAGGAGGUGGUGAUGGUGGUGGUAGUGGUGGUGGGUCUGAUUCGGGAUUUGGUUACAACUUUGGUGGCAAUGGAGGUAGUGGCGGGUAUAGUGGUGGUGAAAUUGGAAAAGGCGGUGGAGGUGGUUUUGGGGGAGGGAUUGGUGGUGGAGGUGGCGGUGGUGGUGGAGGUGCUGGUUAUGGAAAGGAUGGAGGCAAUAGUGGGUAUGGUGGUGUUGGAAUUGGAAAAGGUAAUGGAGGUGGUGUUGGGGGAGAGAUUGGUGGUGGAGGUGCCGGUGGUAGUGGCGCCGGUGGCGGUAGCGGUAGUGGUGGGGGCACUGGCAAUGGAAAUGAUGGAGGCAGUAGUGGGUAUGGUGGUGUUGGAACUGGAAAAGGCGGUGGAGGUGGUGUUGGGGGAGGGAUUGGUGGUGGAGGUGCCAGUGGUAGUGGGGCCGGUGGCGGUAGUGGUGGGGGCACUGGCAAUGGAAAGGAUGGAGGUAGUGGUGGGUACGGUGGGGGUGGUAGUGGGGCUAGUGGCGGUAAUGGUGGGGGCACUGGUAAUGGAAAGGAUGGAGGUAGUGGUGGGUAUGGUGGUGUUGGAAUUGGAAAAGGCAGUGGAGGUGGUGUUGGGGGAGGGAUUGGUGGUGGUGGUGGUGGUGGAGGUGGAGGUGGCAGUGGGGCCAGUGGCGGUAAUGGUGGGGGCACUAGCGAUGGAAAGGGUGGAGGUAGUGGCGAGUAUGGUGGUGUUGGAAUUGAAAAAGGCAGUGCAGGUGGUGUUGGGGGAGGGAUUGGUGGUGGAGGUGGCGGUAGUGGUGGGGGCGUUGGCGAUGGAAAAGAUGGAGGUAGUGCAGGCUAUGGUGGUAUUGGAAUUGGAAAAGGCAGUGGAGGUGGUGUUGGAGGAGGGAUUGGUGGUGGAGGUGGGGGUGGUAGUGGUGGUGGAACCGGAGGAGGCACCGGAAGUGGGGGAGGGAUUGGUGGUGGUGGUGGUCAUGGUGGUGGCAUUGGAAUCGGAGGAGGUUUUGGCAAGGGAGUCGGAGGAGGUUCUGGCAAGGGAGUCGGAGGAGUUGGCACUGGAAAUGUUGGCACUGGCACUGGUGGAAGUACUGGUGGUGGUGCUGGCGGAGGCAUUGGUAGUGGUGCGGGUGGUGGUGCUGCUGGUGGUGGAGGCAUUGGUGAUGGUGGGUAUUGA